GAGAGAGGCAGAGAGAGAGAGAAAGGCUGAGUGAGAUGCGAGCAUGUCUGCAAACUGUUCACUGUAGAUCGAAGGUGGACUGACAGUAAACCAGACGUAGAGGAAAAAAAGCGCUUGUUUUGGAUAUUUUGUCACAAAAAUCAGUCUCCCUCAACAGCACAGUGUCUGCGCACUAGGAUGAGUCCAGCAGCAUCCCUGGAUUAACCGGACUGCAGCCUGCAGCCGACUUGCACAGCGCAAGUUCGCUGUCACUUUGACGAGGAACGAAAUAGCGCACAGCAAUCGACGAUGGAGAAGAGUAUCCCGGGAUGGUGCGUGCUGCUGGCCCUCGUCCUGCACGGAUCGGGCUGCACGGCGGCCAAGGAGCUCCAGUGUCAGGAGAUCUCGGUGCCUCUGUGCAGAGGCAUCGGCUACAACUACACGUACAUGCCCAAUCAGUUCAACCACGACACGCAGGACGAGGCCGGCCUGGAGGUGCACCAGUUCUGGCCGCUGGUGGAGAUAAAGUGCUCGCCGGACUUGCGCUUCUUUCUCUGCAGCAUGUACACUCCGAUCUGCCUGGAGGACUACAAGAAGCCCCUGCCGCCGUGCAGGAGCGUGUGUGAGCGGGCCAAGGCAGGCUGCGCCCCGCUCAUGAGACAGUACGGCUUCCCGUGGCCCGACCGGAUGAGGUGCGACCUGCUGCCGGAGCAGGGCAACCAGGAUACGCUGUGCAUGGACGACAACCGUAGCCAGACGACCACCGCGUCGCCGGUAGUAGCAAAGCCCACCAACCGGCCACUGAAGCCAUACAACCCCCGGAAGAAGAGCGGAUACGGCCGCGGCAUCCCCGGCAAGCACAAACCUGCAGCGUCCCCAUGCGAGCCGGGAUGCCAUUGUCGUGCGCCCAUGGUGCCGGUGACCAGCGACGGACACCCGCUGCACAACCGGAUCAAAACGGGACAGAUCCUGAACUGCGCCAUGCCGUGCCACAACCCGUACUUUUCCCAAGAGGAGCGGACUUUCACCGCCUUCUGGAUCGGCCUGUGGUCCGUCUUGUGUUUCAUCUCCACUUUCGCGACUGUGGCGACUUUUCUUAUCGACAUGGAGAGGUUUAAGUACCCAGAGCGCCCUAUCAUCUUCCUCUCCGCCUGUUACAUGUUCGUGUCAGUCGGAUACAUAGUCAGACUGAUUGCCGGACACGAGGAAGUGGCGUGCAGCCGGGAUCGUGGCAUUGAGCACAUCCACUAUGAAACCACGGGCCCCGCGCUCUGCACCAUCGUCUUCCUGCUCAUUUACUUCUUCGGAAUGGCCAGCUCGAUCUGGUGGGUGAUACUGUCUCUUACUUGGUUUCUCGCCGCAGGGAUGAAGUGGGGGAACGAGGCCAUAGCAAGUUACGCGCAGUACUUUCAUCUGGCAGCCUGGCUCAUCCCCAGCAUGAAAUCCAUCGCGGUUUUGGCCCUAAGUUCUGUGGACGGGGACUCCGUGGCUGGGAUAUGCUACGUGGGCAACCAGAAUCUGGAUAACCUCCGGGGGUUUGUUUUGGCACCGCUGGUUAUCUAUUUGUUCAUCGGCACAAUGUUUCUCCUGGCUGGGUUUGUGUCCCUGUUCAGGAUCAGGAGUGUUAUAAAGCAAGGGGGGACGAAGACGGACAAACUAGAGAGGCUGAUGAUCCGGAUAGGAGUUUUUACAGUUUUAUACACCGUCCCAGCCACGGUUAUAGUUGCUUGUUACUUCUACGAGCAGCAUAACAGACAGACGUGGGAAAUUACGCACAACUGUACGUGCAUGUCGGACCAGGACAGGCAGAGGCCGGACUAUGCUGUUUUCAUGCUGAAAUAUUUCAUGUGCCUCCUGGUGGGCAUCACCUCCGGGGCCUGGAUCUGGUCCGGGAAAACCCUGGACUCCUGGAGGACUUUUUGCACCCGGUGCUGCUGGGGCAGCAAAGCCUCUGCAGGCUCCAUGUACAGUGACGUGAGCACGGGACUGACCUGGCGGUCCGGGACGGCCAGCUCCGUCUCUUGCCCUAAACAGAUGCCACUGUCCCGUGUUUAAGCACGGGGCUGUCACUUCACUUAACGCCGAGAUAUGGCAUCCAAUGGUCCCCGAAUGUCAUUUGCCACAAAACAACUUCCAAAACAGCUCUUACCACAGAGACAAAGUGGCGCAGUGACUGGUUACUGACGAAAUGUUCUUAAUAUUUGGUUAAUUUGGUCAAUUCUGAGAAGUAAGUCACCAAACCAUCAGUUUAGAGGGAAUGUUAUUCCUGAACUAUCCCUGAUGUGAAUCAUUUGGAUGUGUGGUCAUUUUGUUGUGAUCUUUACUCUUCAUGUACUUAAAAAAAAAAAAAGAAAAAAGAAAAAAGUAUAAGAUCAAUUUGAACUCAAUUAGGCUUAAUGCCCAUACCUCACCUUAUCCAAAUGACGUCCACGGUUUGAAUGGGAGUAAUGGGGAGGGGGGGUUACUAAUUGUGCUGGGAUUGUCCGUCAGCGUGUUGUAAUUAGCACAUUAAUGAGCGCCUAAUGGUUUCUCUUAAAUAAUGAGACUGUCAGCAGCAGAACAAUGUACUUGUCACAAAGAAUGCGGAGUCUUAUCUGGGCUUAAUUAAAUGCGUACAGAUCCCCCUUGUCGAUAGGUUACAUGGUAUAGCUGAGGCUGUUCUUGUAAAACUGUAAAGAACCGUUUUGUCUUAAACACAAGAUUCACAAUGAGACUGCUCUGCCUCACAUGAGGCCAUCACUGGCCUCUCCUCUUUUUUUUUCUACAAGAUGGAUUUACAAGUACAUUAAUCAAUGCCUUAAAACUGUCUCAUACGGGUUCAUUAGUGCGUAAGUGUAUUUAUAUAAUUAUUGGUGUACAUACAUUGUAAAUUUGUACAUGGA